UAAAAUGGAUGAUGGCAGAUGGCGUUUUCAAAUACAGGCGGGAGUUCGCGAAUCGAUCGUUAUUUCGCUUCAAGACUAUAUUCAUCAUUACUGGAUAAUUGCUAAUCGUUUGGCAACGAUUUUUAUUGAUUUGUAGUAGGAGGAAAAUAAUAGUGAUAAAUAAUAACGAAUCUUAAUAAAAUAAAAAGAUUUAUACGGAGCAUUCUAUAUCACUGGUAAUUUUCGCUCUGUGCUUUGUUGUUUAUUGUUCUGUGUUUCUCCUCCAACACACCUCUACCCUCUGCCUGCUUUCUCCUGACGUCAGAGAAGGAUACAUGCAUAGUUUGCUUACACUUAAAUUGAACGGAUUUUUGAUUUUCAUCAUAAUUUAAUAAACAAUAAUGGAUAUUGACGAGGAUUAUGACAGCGAGGAAAGCGAUUUCGACGAGCGUUCCACAGUAGAUUAUAGCUUAAUCUAUGAUAAAUAGAUACAAAAAUGACAUUGACGCAACUGUGCGUAAGACUGUUCAAGUGCCCAAUAUUGAAGUUAAACUGCUUUGCAGAAGUUUAUCCGCAUAGUAGUCCAGACGAGGAUUUUGAAAGUUCGUCAGAUGUAAGCACGCUCGAACUAGAUCUACCAGCUCAUAGGCGAUACGUAGAGCCCAAUAUGGAGGACAUACCGGUGCCUACGGAGAACACAUUUGAUGUGACAUUACCGGCGACACAUUCUUAUUUAGGACAAAAUUUAGAAGAAGUAAGGGGAAGAACAAUACUGGAUGAUGGCAUUUAUAUGAAUCUACCACUGUUGAUAAAACAAUCUGUACUAUUUCCUGGUCAAACAUUACCUAUGACAGUUUUUGGCGCACAGACUAUAGAUAUGUUGCAAAAUUGCAUACAAAAUGAUCGUACUUUUGGUGUUGUGUGUUAUGGUCAUCCUGAGAUGGAACGAAUAGGAACAACAGCUGAGAUUUACGAAUACACAGAUGGAGGUAUAUGGAUGGAUCAUGGUCGGCGAGAAUUUCGCUUAAAAGCUAAAGGAAGGCAGCGCUUUAAGAUAUUACGUAUUAUUACGCAGGAUCACAAUAAAAUUUCGGCCAAUGUUAAAGUGUUACCAGAGAUAACACUUGGGCCACCGUUUUUGGACCAACGCUUGGCCUCAUUAGAUCGCUUGAGAGUUUUUUCUGAUUUGGAGGAAGACAUGAAGAAACAGGAGAAAGUAGAGAACUUGGAUGCCGCGGUGACUGCUUGGCCAGCUUGGGUCUAUAGGCAGUACGAUCCUAUAAGACUCUCCUUUAGAAUACGUCAGCAUCUUCAGUUUCUUGAAACUAGAGGUGGUAGUAUACCUAAAGAUCCUAUAGAUUUAUCCUUCUGGGUCGCACAAAAUAUUCUAAUGGAUCAUGAUGAGAGACUUAUAUUAUUAAGUUACGAUUGCGCAAUUUCUCGAUUGCAAAGAGAAUUAAAGUAUCUUAUGGAGGAUAAAAUCUACGUGUGCGUUAAUUGCGAAUCCUUUAUCGGAAGACAGUCACACAUGUUUCCGAUGAAUAAGGAAGGUCCGCAGGGUACUUAUGUCAAUCCCGGCGGUGUUAUACACGAGACUAUAACUUUUUACCACGUUCAAGGAGUUAUGCUCAGUGAUGCGGCUCCUUCGACUGAAUACAGUUGGUUUCCAGGAUAUGCUUGGACAAUAGCUAUCUGUAAAGGCUGUCAUCAUCACGUCGGUUGGAAGUUUACAGCAGUGCAUAAUUUAAGGCCCAAAACAUUUUGGGGUCUGACACGCAGGAGUUUGAAGAAUAAGAAGAAAAAAUAAAACAAAGAUAUACAUGUUUAAUCUAUAUUGGGUGUCAUAAAUGUUUUUAUAAUUUACUAGAUGAGUAUUUUUAACAGAUGUAUCAUGUUUGAUAUAGUUAAUUUCUCUUAUUUUAAGAUUUUUUCUCAGUUUAUAAUCUUAUUUUAAUAGCAUAUGAGCAGAAUGGGAAUGACUGUAUUCUAUUUUUCAUUCGUGUAUUCACUCUAAUGUAUGACCAUGUGGCAAAUACGAUUAAUGGAAGAGCAGCGCAAAAGGGAAAAUUUAGUUUAGAGGAAAAUAUCCGAUUUAGGAUAGAGAAAAAUCUAACAAUAAAAUGGGAGAUCUUAGAAUAGAUGAAACUUAUUUUACAUACCAUGAUCGAUAUGCAAUUAAAAAAAAAAUUUAAGUGACAGCUAGUAAACUUGAAAGAUUUUAUAGAAAUAAAGAUAGAUAAAGCAUAAUAUAUAUUAAAUGUUAGCUUAUAUUAUUCUUGAUUACAAAUCGUGAUACAAUGCAUUCUUUCCAAAAAUUUUCUUAGGAAUUUAUCCAAAUAAAUAUUAAAACAUUUUUAUGACACCCAGUAUGCAGUGCAUGAGUUUUGUUCUAUCUCUAAUUUAAUUAUAAUACGCUUGGACAUGAGCAAUUUAUAAAAAUUAUAUAUGCAAAAAAUAAUUAUUAUAUCAAUAGUAAUUAUGAGUUAUAAUACAAAAAACUUUAUGUAUAUAUUGAAUGGUUAA